AUGUCGUCUCCUACAGAUGAGGAAGUCCGUCGAUACAUAGAAGAAAUAGUGAAGGGUGUUACUAGCAUAGAGAAGAAACUGGAAAGUGAUGUUCGUGAUAUGUGCACGCUACUGUUACUACUAUUAGGGGACUGUAAAGAAAGAGUUCGAAAUAGAGAUGUACCUCAGAGACUGAAGGAAAGUUUUAAAGACAUCUAUGGAUGCCUAAAAUUGCAUCUGAAAUUCCACCUACGGGCUGUUGAAGUAAGGGAGCUCAAUACACUAGGCCAGCAGAUUGGAUUGACAGUGGAAGAACUAGAUGCACUUCCAGGGAAAGAAUGUGCCAUUGACCCUGGAAGCAAACUCUUGGAAAUU